AUGGAUUUUGGAUGGACAUUGCCAUUUAAAAAUAAGGAUCCUGAGUGCCAGUAUGGAGAAUCUAUAGAUAUAGCUAAGAAUAGAUUAGUCGCUUUAGAAAGAAGGCUUAAGAAUAAUCCUAAAUUAUAUGAGGAAUAUAGACGGGUAGUAGAAGAGUACUUAGAUCUUAAUCAUAUGUCUUUAGUCGAAGAAGACGAUUUAGAUAAUCCAACGGCUGUCUAUCUUCCGCAUCAUGCUGUUGUACGGGAGGAUAAAGAUACGACAAAGGUUCGUGUAGUUUUUAAUGCUUCUAGUAAGGGAACAAAUAAUGUGUCAUUAAAUGAUGAUCUUAUGAUUGGACCAAAAAUCCAACAAGAUCUCAGACAUAUAUUAAUGAGGUGGAGAACCCAUCCCAUUUGUAUAGUGGCUGAUCUUGUCAAAAUGUACCGUCAAGUACUUAUUAAUCCAAGACAGACAAAUUUUCAGAGAAUUUUAUGGAGAACUUUACCGGAUCAACCAAUUAAACAUUUUAAAUUGCUCACUCUAACAUUUGGAACCGCGUGUGCACCAUAUCUUGCUGUUAAAACUUUACAACGUUUGGCAGAAGAUGAGAAACUUAAAUUUCCAGUAGCAUCAGAAAUUACUAAAAAUGAUUAUUAUAUUGAUGAUCUAAUGACAGGUUGUGAUACAUUACAAGAAGCUAAAAUUAUUUACAAUGAAAUGAAUAAAUUAAUGAAAUCUGGAGGAUUUACACUUCAAAAAUGGAGCUCUAAUUGUAAGGAAUUAUUAAAGUAUAUUGGAGAAGAUAAUAAAGAAAAAGAAGAAUCUAUGCUAAUUAAGGUUGAUAAUAUGGUAAAAGUUUUAGGAAUUUCAUGGAAUCGUAGUUCAGAUAGAUUUGUUUAUUCAAUCAAUUUACCGGAGAUAAAAUUUCCAAUCACGAAAAGACAAGUUUUAUCUAAUAUUGCUCAAUUGUUUGAUCCAAUGGGUUGGAUUGCACCAGUAAUCAUUGUUGCUAAAUUAUUUAUUCAAAAAAUAUGGAAGGCGCAUUUAGAUUGGGAUGAUGCAUUACCUGAAGAUUUGAACGAAAUUUGGCUUAACAUACGACAGCAAUGCAAGGAAAUUCAACGAGUAGAAAUACCAAGGUGGAUUUGUUGCACUAGUCAAAGUCAUGUUGAACUACAUGUCUUCUCAGACGCAUCAAGAUCUGCUUAUGCUGCUGCAGUUUUUAUGAGAGUCAUCAAUCACGAUGAAUCUAUACAUGUCAGGUUAGUAUCAGCUAAAACAAAAGUAGCACCUAUAGAGAAGGAAGUUUCUAUACCUCGUUUAGAGUUAUGUGGGGCUGUGCUUGCUGCGAAACUUGUGAACGAAGUAUCUCAAGUGAUGAAGGUAUGCAAAGAUAACAUUUACGGAUGGACUGAUUCUACAAUCGUUUUAGCAUGGCUGAAGGGCGGUGCAAGCAAAUGGACAACAUUCGUAAGCAAUCGGGUAUCAGAGAUUUUAACUAUUAUGGAUUAUGAUCAAUGGGGUCAUGUUUCAACCGAAGCCAAUCCUUCUGAUUGUGCAUCUAGAGGUUUGACUCCAACAGAAUUACUUUCACAUUCACUAUGGUGGUACGGACCGGAAUGGUUGAAGAACAGAAAUAUUGAAAUGAAAAAUCCAGAGAUAGUAGAUACAGAUGAAGAAAGAAGACAAGUAUCAUUAAUAGUAAAACAAGAUAAAUGUGAAGAUUUUGAAUGGUUAAAAUUUUCUAAUUUGACUAAAAUGCUAAAGGUUAUUUCUUAUUGUCGAAGAAUAUUACUGAAGAAGGAAGAAAGGAAAAUUUUGCCGAAGUUUGUAACAGUAAAUGAAAUGAAUGAAACAUUAGAAAAAUGUAUUAAACAGGUUCAAGGGAUUACGUUUGAAGAAGAGAUCAAGGUUUUAGAGAAUAAAAAGGAUAUACCGAAGAGAAGUCCCCUUCGUACUCUUUGUCCCAUUUUAGAUCGAAAUGGAAUAUUAAGAGUCGGUGGUCGGAUUGAUAAGGCUCACGCAAACCAUAACACGAAGCACCCGAUAAUUAUGCCAGCUAAGUCUCAUCUUACCCAGUUGUUAAUAUCGGAUGCUCACGAAAAAACUUUGCACGGUGGACCGCAAAUCAUGAUAAAUUACAUUCGGACAAAAUAUUGGAUAGUACGCUGUAGGGAUCUAGUAAAACAACAUUAUAGGAAGUGCCUCACGUGCUUACGAUAUUCGAAAGCAUCGAGAGUGCAGUUAAUGGGACAGCUUCCAGAUACUAGACUGAAGCCUUGCAAGCCAUUUACGGCAACCGGUGUGGAUUAUGCAGGCCCAGUCAAUAUUAAGUUUUCUCCAGGUCGAGGGGCAAAAUCUUAUAAAGGCUACAUUUGUCUUUUCGUCUGUAUGGUCACAAGGGCUAUACACAUUGAGGCUGUAACAGAUUUAACCGCUAAGGGAUUUAUCGCCGCUUUUAGACGCUUCACGUCUAGACGUGGACGUUGCCAGGAUUUGUUCAGUGAUAAUGGCACAAACUUUGUUGGUGCGGACAAACAUUUACGAGAAAUGUUUGACUCUGCUAAAUCCAGUUUACCUAAUGAAAUUGCGGAACUUCUUACAUUGGAAUUUACGACGUGGCAUUUUAUACCGCCGCAAUCACCUAAUUUUGGAGGGAUAUGGGAGGCCGGAGUGCGUUGUGCUAAGAACCAUUUGAAACGGGUCAUAGGUGACAGUAUUUUAACGUAUGAGGAAUUAGCUACAGUACUAUCACAGAUCGAAGCAUGUCUUAAUUCUAGGCCAAUUUCUGUUAUUAGUAGUGACGCAGAUGACCCUCUCCCACUGACCCCAGGAAGGUCAGUUGAUUGA